AAAUGCACUGGCGAGUAGGGGAGUUCUGUUUGUGUAUAUUUCCUGUCUAAGGAAGAGGGGCCAUUAUUAAGUUUCAGUCAUUUUACGAUAAGGACAUAGUACAUCCAGAUUAACUGUAGCUGAUUUCUAAUCCUCUGUCACAUCCAACUUGUAGAUUUCUCACACUGAUAAAGGAAGGUUCAUCAUGAUCUCUUUCUGGGCCAUGGUCCUCUUUCUGAUUGGUGACUCUGCUUGCAGUUUCAGUGAGAUGACGGCGAAAGAGGGUUCCUGUGUGACGUUCAACUUCACUCUGUCCGGUAUAGGGGAUCCUGGGUACAUUGUUUGGUUGAAGGACGCCGUGUGGAAUAAGGAGGCAAAUGAUUAUGAGGGCACGAUCGUGCACAGCCUCAAACCUGACAAACACAACGCGAGUGAAUUUGAAAACAGAGUGUCUGUGGGUUCCACUGGCAAUUUACACAAAUUGACCAUCAGUAACCUGACACUGGAAGACAGCGGAAAGUACUCGGUUAGAUACUAUGAUAAACCUUAUCCUCCUUACACAGUGAAAAAGAGCAGCAAGCCUGAAAUGAGUCUUGAGGUUCAGAAGAACCCUUGCCAGGUCAGCGUAACAGGGCCGGAGCUGGUCCAGGCGGGGGCAGAGGUGAUUUUGCGGUGCUCCACCGUGGGGCCCUGCCAGAACAGCCCCGAGUGGCGUAGCUCAGGGCCAGGCCUGGCCUCCAGUGAAGGCCCCGACACCCAGGGUGCGAAAACAGCCCAGCUGCGCUUCGAAGCGGACUGGUCACAUGACGGGGUGGAGUUCUCCUGUUGGCCGUCGCCGAGCAACGAGGCGUGCGCCUCCAGAAACAUCACGCUGGCCGUGGAAUAUGCGCCCAAAGACGUCCGUGCGACGGGGAACCCAGGAGGCGAGGUGAACGAAAAGACGAACCUGGAUCUCAGCUGCGAGGCUCGGUCCAACCCUGGCGUGGCCGCCUACACCUGGUUCAUGCUGACGGGCAGGGGGGCGGAGGAAGUGGGCAAAGGCCGGGUUCUGACCCUCAGGUAUCUGUCGGAGGCGCACACGGGACAGUACUUCUGCAGGACCCGAAACGAAAUCGGGGAGGGGAACUCGAGCGUCAUCAACGUCACUGUAAGAUAUGGGCCCAGAAAACCAGUGGUUAUUCACAAUAUGACCAGCAGGGGGCGGCCUGUCGAAGGAAGCGCUGUGGCCUUGAUGUGCAGCAGUCAGAGCUAUCCUCCCAUCCGGAGUUACGAGUGGCAUGUACAGAAGGACAACGCGGAAACUUUACUCAGACACGGGCAAAAUCUUACGAUAGGCUCCGACGAGGAAGGGAUCUAUUACUGCACCGCGGAAAACGAGAUCUCAAGCAGCAGCUCGGACCCCAUAGAGAUACGUUUCGAUCAUGCUCCAAAAGGGGUCAGGAUAACGGCGAGCAGGACAUUGGAGGGGAUCUAUGAAGGAGCUGCAGUCAGCCUGACCUGCGAGGUCCAGAGCAGCAAUCCAAGCGUGCGGUCAUACUCCUGGUACAGAGACCGCACCGUCCUGGGCGAAACUGGCCCAGUGCUCCGUUUCCCGGCCGUACGACCCGAGGACAGAGGCUCUUACCGCUGCAAAGCCUCAAACUCUGCGGGCUCGGGGUAUUCCCCGGAGGUUACGAUCACCGUUCACUAUGGACCCAGAGGCACAAAGAUUAAGGCCAGCUGUUGUCAGGGAGGGGUGAAGGCCGGCGAAAGCCUGACCCUCACCUGCGAGACCGACGCCCGUCCUGAGCCCUACGGCUACACCUGGUUCCGCGUGAUUACAGAGCCUGGUGGACAGAGGGGUCCAGGAAGGACCGAGGUUCCCGUGCCUUCUAACGGACGGUCUGGUGGGCGAGACCUCAAAUGGGAGCACAUCAGUGCAAGCGACGCCGGGGAAUAUACGUGCCAGGCCAAGAACAUCAUCAGCGCUGAUAAAUCCACCGCUCUCCGUGUAGACGUCCUGUAUGCUCCAAAAGGGGUCAGGAUAACGGCGAGCAGGACAUUGGAGGGGAUCUAUGAAGGAGCUGCAGUCAGCCUGACCUGCGAGGUCCAGAGCAGCAAUCCAAGCGUGCGGUCAUACUCCUGGUACAGAGACCGCACCGUCCUGGGCGAAACUGGCCCAGUGCUCCGUUUCCCGGCCGUACGACCCGAGGACAGAGGCUCUUACCGCUGCAAAGCCUCAAACUCUGCGGGCUCGGGGUAUUCCCCGGAGGUUACGAUCACCGUUCACUAUGGACCCAGAGGCACAAAGAUUAAGGCCAGCUGUUGUCAGGGAGGGGUGAAGGCCGGCGAAAGCCUGACCCUCACCUGCGAGACCGACGCCCGUCCUGAGCCCUACGGCUACACCUGGUUCCGCGUGAUUACAGAGCCUGGUGGACAGAGGGGUCCAGGAAGGACCGAGGUUCCCGUGCCUUCUAACGGACGGUCUGGUGGGCGAGACCUCAAAUGGGAGCACAUCAGUGCAAGCGACGCCGGGGAAUAUACGUGCCAGGCCAAGAACAUCAUCAGCGCUGAUAAAUCCACCGCUCUCCGUGUAGACGUCCUGUACGCUCCAAAAGAGGUCAGGAUAACGGCGAGCAGGACAUUGGAGAGGAUCUAUGAAGGAGCUGCAGUCAGCCUGACCUGCGAGGUCCAGAGCAGCAAUCCAAGCGUGCGGUCAUACUCCUGGUACAGAGACCGCACCGUCCUGCGCGAAACUGGCCCAGUGCUCCGUUUCCCGGCCGUACGACCCGAGGACAGAGGCUCUUACCGCUGCCAAGCCUCAAACUCUGCGGGCUCGGGGGAUUCCCCGGAGGUUACGAUCACCGUUUACUAUGGACCCAGAGGCACAAAGAUUAAGGCCAGCUGUUGUCAGGGAGGGGUGAAGGCCGGCGAAAGCCUGACCCUCACCUGCGAGACCAACGCCCGUCCUGAGCCCUACGGCUACACCUGGUUCCGCACGAUUACAGAGCCUGGUGGACAGAGGGGUCCAGGAAGGACCGAGGUUGCCGUGCCUUCUAACGGACGGUCUGACGGGCAAUACCUCAGAUUCUGGCAGAUCAGUGCAGGCGACGCCGGGGAAUACAUGUGCCAGGCCAAGAACACCAUCAGCGCUCAAAACUCCACCACUCUCCGUGUAGACGUCCUGUAUGGUCCCAGAGGCACAAAGAUUACGGCCAGCUGUUGUCAGGGAGGAGUGAAGGCCGGCGAAAGCCUGAUGCUCACCUGCGAGACCAACGCCCGUCCUGAGCCCUACGGCUACACCUGGUUCCGCACGAUUACAGAGCCUGGUGGACAGAGGGGUCCAGGAAGGAUGGUCAGGUCUGAUGGGCGAGACCUCAGAUUCUGGCACAUCAGUGCAGGCGACGCCGGGGAAUACACGUGCCAGGCCAAGAACAUCAUCAGCGCUCAAAACUCCACCGCUCUCCGUGUAGACGUCUUGUAUCCUCCUAAGAACACCUCAGUGUCAGUCAGUCCCUCUGGAUCAGUGUUAGCGGGCAGCUCUGUGACUCUGACCUGCAGCAGUUAUGCCAACCCAGCAGUGCAGAACUACACCUGGUAUAAAGUGAAUGGGACAGAGAUAAACACUGUAGGAACUGGACAAAAUCUCACCUUCAAUGUGACUGAGUCCAGUGGCAGUGAACAGUACUACUGUGAAGCACAGAAUGAACAUGGCAAGGAGAGCUCGACAACCGUGCAGCUGAAUGUAAUAUACAUGCCUCAGAUCUCUGGCUCUGGGAGCUGCAGCAGAACUGAAGCAGAGAUCAGCUGCUCCUGUGAGAGCCGUGGGAAUCCCUCUCCCAGCAUGGAGUGGCGUGUGUCUGGACUGCGGGUCACUAACUCUACUGACAGAGUCAUCAGGGAGGAGCAGCUGGGGAACACAGGCCUGAGGAGCUCCCUCACCAUGCGCCAAUCACAGGGAGACACGCCCACUCUCUUCUGUGUCAGCACCAACACUCUCGGCAACUCCAGCCUCCAGCUCCAGCUCCCGUCUCCACAGCAACACUCCGGUUUUGGCAUUGCCUCACUGCUGAUUGGUGCAGCUGCCACUGCUGGUGCCAUGAUGAUGAUAUGCCUCAUAAUACAGCACAUUCUAAAGAAGAAGAGACACAUCCAGCGCUCUGGAAGUAGAAUGAAGGACAGCGAAGGGAUCAUACUGACAGAUGGGACGGCCGCUCAAGAUGAGGAAUCGAUCUACGUCAACAAGACCAUGCUGUCGGGCGCGGGUGUGGUGGAAAAGGGGGACGAGGGCGCCCUGCACUAUGCCACCGUGGAUUUCUCCAAACUUCCCGGCACGGGUGGGGAACACGGAACGGGCAUCGUCCGGGGCACUUCCAAAUGGACGUCCGACUACGCCAUGAUCCGACACAAAUCCAGGGAAGAGAGAGAAGGAGGAGAGGAAGAAGGUGAGGAGUCAAAGGAGGAGGUGGAGAAGGAGGGCCAGGCUGAGCUGGGCACAGAGAGGGAGUGGGCCGAGGCGAGGGGCGAGAAGGAGGAGGAGCCCACCUACGGGAACAUCUGCCCCUCCAGGCCCACUAAGAGGGCACGGCAGGGACUGCAGCAGCCACCCGGGAACCCUGCUGCAGAGGAGGAGCAGGAGGAGCAGUGCCAGGAGGAGAACUCAGCAGGAGGCCAGGAGGACAUGUACGUGGAAGCCAUGAGCCCCCUGAUGGAGGGUAACAGAAAGGGAACAGAGGAGUGUGAGUACGCCGUGGUCAGGAAGCCAAAAUAAGUCACCAUGGAGAUAGGCCAACUCAUCACACCACGCUGCACUCUCAUAAUGCCAAGAUAUUGCUUUACAGCACGAUACAUAACGUGCGUAAUGUUGCAGUACAGAUGUUACAUUACAGUGGCAUACUGAAGUACAGUAACUUAUGGGGUACCAAAUGCAACAUAAAGCUAUUAUUUUACCAUGCAUUUUCUUCUGCAUUUAACUGAAAUAUCCCUAUUUCUCUCAGAUUUAAUGGAAAAAGUCUUACAUUUAUUGUCUUUAAAUUGACAGGUGUAAUUAUUUAAUGUGGUCUCCGAAUAUGAUAUAAAUGAGCUAAAUGUUUUAUUAAUAAGGGUUUUUUUUAUUUUUACAUUUUGCUAUAUCUAUAACAAUUUAGCUAAAUCAUUUAAUUAAUUGUAUGAGAUAUUUAGCUAAAGAUUUUGCUUAACAUACAAAACCUUUUGUUAAAUGAACAAAUAUUUAAUUAAAUUUAAAAUAAAACAUUUUUUUGCAAAAUGAAUGUAACAUUGACUAAAUGUAUGAAACAUUCAGCUAAAUAUUUAGCUGAAUGUAUAACACCCUUUAAUGUAAAAAACUUAUAGCUAAAUAUUUAGCUAAACAUACGAGAAUUUCAGCUGAAUGUAUAAAACAUGAAAUAUUUGAAGUAUGAAAUAUUUGCUGACUAUUUGAAACAUUUAUAAUGGUAUAAAACAUUUUGCUAAAUGUAUGCAACCUCCACAGCCCGCCUUACGGUGGUUUACCAAAAGAAACAUUCACCUUGCUGUGGACAAAUUUUGGUUAAUUUUUGUGAUGACUAAACACAACUAACUUUGCGUCAAGAGGUUCCCAGACGAGCCUCCGGUCUCUGGCUCUGGGUGUAACGGUGGUGGUGGUGGUGGACCCAAUAGCAUAGAAAGGCCGCUGGAGACUUGGAUGGAGUUGCAAAAAAAAUAGCAGAGACUUUAAUCAGGAGAUUAGUGUACAGAAAACUAAGGGAGCUACUCCAGGAAAUACGAAAUACUCCAGGCUGUGAAUAAUGCUCAGAGAGUACCCAAUCAGAAGCCAGCACAGAGCAGCAGGCUAAUGGGCUCAAGACAGAGUGAGAAGCAAAGCAACUAAGGCAGAAUAAGUGUUGUGAUUCAUUAACUCUCGAAUCGCUAACAGGUGAACACGCAAUCUCAUAAUCAGAGUGAUGGUUAUGUCGCCCUCUGGUGACCAGCAGGAGGAGGUGCAGCUUGAAUCCUCACAGUGGGAGAUGAGUUGUUGCUGUUGGGGCAGUGGGAAUCCCAGCAUGGAGCACCCGAUACUUGUGUCUGUUUCUUCAUGUCUUUCUUCAGGUCAUCGCCGGAACGUGCAGCAACAAUGCCACGCUCAGGGUGUGCUCGCAUUGGUCAGCACUCCAAUAGUAAACAGAGAUGAACAUUGAACAUUGGCAUAUC